CCGCGACACAUACCUUUGCUGCAAUGCAGGCUCUACGACGAACUUCCUUUGCGACAGCGCGUGCUGCGAGGUUGCAAUUGUCUCGCCAAUGCCGUCGUUAUGCCCACGAUAGUCACCAUCACGAAGAAGUCAGCGAGUCGUUCGGGCUCAAGUUCUACAUAGGCCUGGCCACUGUCCCCGGUCUUUAUUUUCUGUACACAUUCUCACAAUCCGGGGCCGACGGCAGUGAUCCUGCGCUGACCAGAAUGAUCGAUUCCUGGACUACGAAAAGAGAAGAAUGGGCAAGAAUAAAUACACUGCACACAAACCUUGUUGAGCAGGCUGCAGCAGACCGUCAUUUGUUUCUCGGGCAGAAACCAAACACAAAUAUCGACCUGAAGACACCAGAGAUGAUUCACGCUCACUCCGAAUGCAACAUACCGGCUGGCGGAAUUCUCGACAUAAGUAAGACCGUCGCUAAAUACACCAAGGAAAACUAUGAGGCCCAGGAAAAGAAGCUGCAACAAUUGAGGGACGGAACUUUGGCAGCAGAGCAACCAAUCAGCACAAAGCCACGGUCGACCUCCAAUAAUCCCUAACAGUCGAGUUCAACACGGCAUUCACUUUGUGAAGAGGGUAGAACAUCUCUAGCCUAAGUCGCCAAGGGUUUGUAUAUAAUCAACAUAGCAUCGAAUUCAAAACAUCAACAUAAAGCUCAUCAUAAUAUCCGGUGUAGUGUGGUCUUACACAACCAUGUUUCUCACCUUCUAUUACAUACCACCCAUCUGCAUCCCGCCUCUUCCCAUUCCGAACUUGGUCCGAUUCCCCAAUUCGAGUCUAUCAUACUCAUGUUUCCUCUCUUCUUUCUUUUGUUCCUUCUCACGCAGUUUCUCAAAUUCAGCUUCGUCACUGG